AUGUCAGAAUUCAUCACUGUGCUGGAACCACUAAAACCCCAUAGCACCGUCUGGCUUUACACGGAGCCGGGUAACAGUGAGGCAUUUUCCCUGCAGCAUAGGAGGGCUUACUUUGGAAUGUCCAAAAGCUAUACCAACAGCGUUCCCAACCUCAAUGAUGAGUUUUUGUUCCCCGUGAUCCCUCGGUCGCGACAUCUAUGCUACGACAGAUAA